CAAAGCAAUAGCUUUGAUAGUUUAGGAGAAAAGCUGACCUAAACAUAAAACUUAACCGGGCAACGCCGAUGCCGACAACCGCUCAAGUGAUGACAAUAACUCAUCAUUUUUUUUCAAAAAAAUCAGAUGAGCUAAAAACGAUUAUAAAUCUCGGCAUGAGGGUUGUGUAACUGAAAUGCUUAAUGUAUUGCAUUUUGGCUACACAAAAUCAUUUAAUUAUACGAAUUCUAAAUAUCCUGUCUCUGAACAUUUUUCGACACUUCGUUGAACAGUCGACACUGAUUUAAUUUGAGGGUUUAGAUGUGACCCGAUAUUGAUAAAUUUAUGGAUAAUUAGAAAGGAAUUUAAUUAUAACAAUGACAUAGAGACUAUUGAUUUAGAGGCUAUAUUUAGUGAAGAGGCUCCUUGAGGAGAACUGAAUGUUAAAUUAUUAUAUCAUUGUGUUUUUUGUGACUUUAUUUGAAUUGACGUGUGAAGUUGUGGGUAUGGCGGAAAGAAAGUCGGACAGGAGCAAACCGGAGAUUGAUUAUAAAAAAAAAUGCACGAAUGUCUGCCAUUACCAUCAACCGUGGGUAACCCCUUGAGUCCAGAAGGCGUGCAUCUGAAACCCUCGAUUACUGAAAAUGCGCCGGGUGAUUCAGAUGUCGAAGAAACUGCUAAUCUGAAGAAGAAAUUGGCAGAAAUAGAAGAAAAAACCAAGCGACUGCGUAAAAAACAGGAACUUGAUGCUCUCCGACAGGAGGUGAUAGAAAGAGAAAAGGAGUUAGAGAAACUAGAAUCAGAAGUGUCAACAACGACCAAAACUGCCGAGAAUUCGGAUAAGCCAAGGAAAGACAAAACUGCCGAGAAUUCGGAUAAGCCAAGGAAAGACAAAACUGCCGAGAAUUCGGACAAUUCAACAACGACCAAAACUAGCAAAAAUUCGGAGAGGUCAAAGAAAGACAAAUCUGGCGGGAAGAAGAAGAAAAAAGAAGAAGACAAAGGUAUGGACACACUAAAUAUAAAUGAUUUGAGAAAAAUCCCGGGUUUGAAGAAAAAAACAAUACAAGAAUUGUCUAAGUUAGGGAUUUUAGAAGACAGUAGUACUAGUGACUCUGAUAUUUUAAGCUCUAGUGAAAGUAGCUCGUUGAAUUCUAGUGAAUCAAAAUCAGACUCAUCAAGUUCUUCUUCAAACAAGAAAAAAUCUAAGAGUAAAAAGAAAAAAUCGGGUAUUAAAUCAAAAUCUUCUGAUUCUGUCACCUAUAAACAAAGAUAUCCUCAGGCUCAUUUAAGAUUUGACUUUGUAAGCCAUAAUAUAGAAUUCAAUAACUUAGAGAUAAAUUUGUUUGUAGCUGGUGAAAUUGAAAUCAUUUCCAGUAGCAAAACUUCCAAAACUGAGAAGCAAGGUAGGCUUGAGUUGUUAAAAAGGUUAAUGUACUUGAAUAGUGUGUAUGACUUUUCCGUGAUAAGAACACUUUAUGCGGCAGUUCUGAGAGAGGUAGAAUUAGGUCACAAAAAGUGGGACAGUGAUUUUCAGUAUGUUGAAAAUGCAGUACUGUCCAGAUAUAAAGCAAAGGUCAAAUCAUCAGAGAAUAAUUCUAAAUCUAAAAGUUUCUCUUCUCAGGCAGGCAGCAAUGAAAGUGAAAAGUUGUGGUUUUGUUCUAAAUUUCAAAGAAACAAGUGCUCCAGCAAUAAUUCACAUAUAAUGGCUUAUAAAGGAAAAAUGAGAUUGGCAAAGCACAUAUGCGCAACUUGUUGGCAAACUGAUCAUAAGGAACUGAACCAUCCUGAAUGUUCGUCGGCCUGUCCACAUUUCUCUGCUUGACUGCCAAAAAAUGAAAGUAACCAAACUGUUGUAGACAUUUUUUUACCAAAGUUCUGUAUUGAUUCAUUCAAAAAUAAUGCGUACAUAAAAGAAACAGGGUUUUGUAAACAUGGUAAUAGAUGUAAAAUUUGUAAAGGAGUUAAAAAUAUUUUAAAUGAAGAUUCUGAAACAAAAUUAAGAGUACAUCAUUUAGUAAAACAGUCUGGUAAAUACAAUUUUGAGGGUUGUAAAGUUCCAGUUAAUUCAAAAAUAGAUACAGAAUUUAUGAAAAAAAUGUUACAUAAUUAUUCGGAUCUCAUGGUUUGUGAUUUACUGAAGUAUGGUUUUCCUAUCGGAUAUGAUGAAUCAGAAAUACAAGUACAAUCAAGCAGUUCGGAUAAUAAGUUAGGAAUUAAAAAUCACAAAGGAGCAAGAGAUUUUCCAACUGACUUAGAGAAAUAUUUGAUUAAGGAGGCAACAAAUAAAGCAAUCAUAGGACCCUUUUCAGAGAAUCCAUUUGCCGAGCAAAUAAAAAUUAGUCCACUAAACACUGUACCAAAGGCCAAUAAAGUUGAUAGACGAGUUAUCCUAGAUCUUAGCUUUCCAAAAGAUGGUUCAGCUGUUAAUGAUCAUAUUUCUAAAGAUAGUUAUCUCGGAGAAGAAGUACUAUUGGUUUUUCCUAAAAUUGAUGACUUUGUUGCUUUAAUUAAAAGUAAAGGUCAGGGUUGCUUAAUGUAUAAGUUAGACUUAAGUAGAGCAUACAGACAGAUCAGUAUUUGUCCAUCUAACUAUAACUUGGUAGCUUUUUCUUGGAAAGGUCAUAUAUUUUGUGACACAGUCUUGUCAAUGGGAUUAAGGUCGGCAGCUCAAAUUUGUCAACGUGUUACAAACGCUUUUGCGAAUAUGAUGUGGAACUUUGGGGUAGCUGUAUUAAAUUACUUGGAUGAUUUUGCGGGUGCAGAAAAUAAGGUUAUUGCACCGUUUGCCUUUUCACUGUUGCGUAGUUUACUGGUCAAGAGUGGAAUUGAUGAAGCGAUGGAAAAAGCUUGUUCUCCAUCCACCCUUAUGAUAUUUUUAGGAGUUCUUUUUGAUAGUGAAAGCAUGGCAAUGCAGGUUACUCCUGAUAAGCUUUCUGAGAUAAAGUUACUAAUUAAGGAAUGGUUAAACAGAACACACGCUUCCUUGAAGGAUAUACAAAAGUUGCUAGGAAAACUAAAUUUUGUUGGAGCUUGUGUUCGAUCCAGUAGAGUUUUCAUAAAUCGGAUUUUAAAUUGGCUCAGAGAAUGUUAUGCACAUAAUGAUCUCAGCUUUCCACUGCCUUUAGAGGUUAAGCAAGAUUUAUGUUGGUGGGAUAAAUUUCUUCCAUUGUAUAAUGGAAUAUCCUUAAUAGAUUAUGGAGAAUGGUCUGUUGGUGAUGGAAUAUUCUUAUCUGACAGUUGCUUGUCAGGCUGUGGUGGUAUGUUUGGUUCCCAGUUUUUUCACAGGGAAUUUCCAAAGUUCAUUAUGGAAAAAAAAAUACAUAUCAGCGGUUUAGAACUCCUGUCUGUAAUAGUGUGCCUAAAACUUUGGGGUUCACAGUGGAAAGGAAAAAAGAUCAUCAUUUUUUGUGACAAUCAGGCGGCUUGUAUAGUAGUCAAUUCAGGUAAAGCUAGAUGCAGAUUUUUGCAGCAGUGUCUUCGCGAAAUUUGUUUUCUAGCAUCAAUACAUGAGUUUCAGGUUAAGGCGUGUCAUUUAGAAGGUUCAGCAAAUAGGUUGUCUGACUGUUUAUCAAGAUGGCAUUUACACUCUUCUUAUCAACUGGAGUUUCAAAGGUUAUGUGCACAGUUGCGUGAAUUAACAGAAUUAAAUGCCACAGAUAGUUGUUUUCAGUUUUCACACGAGUGGUAAUUUCUGUAAUUAGAAAUUGGUUCUGUUUCAGAAUUACUCAAGUUGA